AAAUUUAACUUAUAUCAACCAUGAAACAUGCCAAAAGCCCCCACUCAAACUUACAUGUUAUUCCAAUUCAUCAAUCUACAAUCAUAGAAAUGCCACCUUCUUGGAUCACACCAUCUUUUGGCAUGGCAUAGCACCCAUAAGCUAUCAAACACCACAUCACAUUUUCCCAUUUUUGAUUAAUCAUUAAAAAAAAAUCAAUUUUAUAGUAAAAUAAUAUACUACUACAUACCCUAAACUCAUUUUUGUUACAUUUAUCUUUUCGUCGGCGUUUGCCCAAUUCACUUUAAACUUCUUUUUUUUGCAAUUUCUUGAAAUUUUAAAUAAAAGAAAUAGUGUCCCACCAUCUCUAUGAUUUUGUUUAAUCAAUUCCUAAAAAGAAAGGAGAGGCAGAAGUCCUAAACCAAACUUAAAUACUGACUAUAAAUCCUCCUCAUUUCUCAGUCACUCCCUCACUCCCCAGUACUCUCUCUCUCCUCUUCUCUCUCUCUCUCUCUCCUCACAAUGCCGCAAUGCUUUGACGUCUCUCUUCUAUUGUGACGAAGAAGCAUUGCUCGGCAAAAGCAGGGAUCUGAAACUCAUCAAUCACUCCUCCGAAUUCGCCUCGCAUUUCCAUUUCAUGGAGAUCUAUUGAGUUUCAAAAAUCUAGAGAGAGAAUAGGUGAGCAGAGCAGAGCAUUUCCCCUGUUUUUUCCUUUCUGAGCUGAAAAGGGGGAAAACCGAAAAUGGCGGAGAUAUCGGGUAAAAAUUUCAUACCGGAAUCGUUUCAAGGGUACACGCCGGACAUCGCGGGGCAAAUCGGCCUACUGUGGGAGCUAAUCAAGGCGCCAUUGAUAGUCCCCUUGCUCACCAUCUGCGUCUACAUUUGCUUGGCUAUGUCGAUAAUGGUGUUCAUGGAGAGGCUCUACAUGGGCGUCGUCAUCAUCCUGGUCAAGCUCUUCUGGAGGAAGCCGGAGAAGCGCUACAAAUUCGAGCCCAUGAAAGACGAUUUGGAGAGCGGGAACGCCACUUACCCUCUCGUGCUCGUUCAGAUCCCCAUGUUCAAUGAAAAAGAGGUUUACAAGAUCUCCAUUGGCGCAGCUUGCAAUCUCUCGUGGCCUGCUGAUAGGCUUGUCAUUCAAGUUCUCGAUGAUUCCACUGACCUCGUCGUCAAGGAUAUGGUUGAGAGGGAGUGUAUAAGGUGGGCAAGCAAAGGCAUAAAUAUUAGGUACCAAAUUAGAGAGUCAAGAGGAGGCUACAAGGCCGGAGCCCUUAAAGAAGGCCUCAAGCGCGACUACGUCAAAGCGUGCGAGUACGUCGUCAUUUUCGACGCCGAUUUUCGGCCCGACCCCGAUUUUCUCCGACGAUCCGUCCCCUUCCUCAUCCACAACCCCGACAUUGCCCUCGUUCAGGCCCGAUGGAGGUUUGUGAAUUCCAACGAAUGCUUGCUGACGAGGAUGCAAGAAAUGUCAUUGGAUUACCAUUUUAAAGUAGAGCAAGAAGUUGGAUCAGCCACUCAUGCAUUCUUUGGCUUCAAUGGAACCGGAGGGAUAUGGAGGAUCGCGGCCAUAAACGAGGCCGGGGGGUGGAAGGACAGGACCACUGUGGAAGACAUGGACCUUGCUGUUAGGGCUGGUCUCAAGGGCUGGAAAUUUCUCUACUUAGGAGACCUCCAAGUGAAGAGUGAACUCCCUAGUACUUUCAAAGCAUUCAGAUUCCAGCAGCAUAGGUGGUCUUGUGGCCCUGCCAAUUUGUUCAGGAAAAUGGCAGUGGACAUUGCAACAAACAAGAAAGUCACUCUGUACAAGAAGUUCUAUGUGAUCUACAGCUUCUUCUUUGUCCGAAAGAUCAUAGCCCAUAUGUUCACCUUCUUCUUCUACUGCGUUGUUCUGCCAUUGUCAAUCCUCGUCCCAGAAGUCUACGUUCCUAAAUGGGGAGCUAUCUAUGUCCCCUGCAUCAUAACAGCCCUCAACUCAGUCGGAACUCCAAGGUCAUUCCAUCUGCUGUUCUAUUGGGUGCUGUUUGAGAAUGUGAUGUCGUUCCAUCGCACAAAGGCCACAUUGAUCGGUCUCUUGGAGGCUGCGAGAGUGAAUGAAUGGGUGGUGACCGAGAAACUCGGAGAUACACUCAAGAACAACAAAAUAAGUAACAAAAUCGCAUCUAAAAUAUCCCUAUCUAAGUUGCUAGGAGAUAGGAUCAACCUACACGAGCUCGGAUUUGCAGUGUUUCUAUUUAUCUGUGGAUGCUACGACUUCAUGUAUGGGAAGAACUGCUACUUCAUAUACCUAUUCCUUCAAGUCAUCACCUUCACAAUUGCGGGACUCGGAUACGUUGGCACCAUUGUUUAACGGCAUUUCUUGGCAGAGUAUGAUGAUGAUCUCUCUGCCUCACAUUUAUGUAUUUGUAUCCCUACACAAAAAAAAAAUGUACACAAGAUUGCUUGCUCUGUUUUGGUUGCAUCAAAAGAGAAUCACAAGGGCUGGAAUUCGCCCGCGAUUUCUGUCAGCAAAUAUUGACAGAGAAAAGCACAGAAAAUAUAAGCAUGAGAGCAUGUUAUACAGUUGAAGAAAGAAAGGUUGCAGGAGCAUAAGUAUCAUAAAUAUUAGGCUAGGAAUAAUAUUGUUUCCUUUUGAUUUUCUUUAGCUUAUAGUGGUUGUAGUUGUGUGACAUUGUAUUUCAUUUUAGUCGGUUAAAUUUUUGUGAUGAAUUUGUAUGAAUUUUUGGUGGGAUUUUUGAUGCA